AAACACUCAAAAUUUUAUAUCAACAUGAAGUUCGGCUAUUUAAUAAAAAACUCAUCAAAAUUAUGCAUUUCUCCACGCUUUUUUCAUACAAAUUCGGUGGCGUUGGCGCGCGUACUACAAAGAUCUCGAAAGAUGACCACCUAUUUCGAUUAUCCCACGCAGGAAAUUCAGGACGAACUGAGCUGCAUUGCCAACGCAAUUGUUGCGCCAGGCAAGGGUAUUUUAGCAGCUGACGAGUCUACGGCCACCAUUGGAAAACAUUUGAAGGCGAUAAAGGUGAAAAACACUGAGAAAAAUCGACGCGCCUAUCGCCAGCUUUUAUUCACCGCAGGCGAAAAGCUUGGUGAUUCGAUAUCAGGUGUGAUAUUGUUUCACGAAACCCUAUAUCAGAAAACAGAUGAUGGCAAAAAGUUCGUAGACGUCUUGAAGGAUCAAGGCAUUAUUCCUGGAAUUAAAGUCGACUUGGGCAUUGUUCCGCUGUGGGGCUCCGAGGGCGAGGGAACCACUCAAGGUCUAGACGAUCUGGCUCUGCGUUGCUCUUGCUAUAAAAAGGAUGGCUGUGAUUUUGCCAAAUGGCGUUGUGUACUCAAAAUUGGCAAGAAUAUUCCAUCUUACCAGGCAAUUUUGGAGAAUGCAAAUGUUUUGGCUCGGUACGCUUCCAUUUGUCAGUCGGAACGCAUUGUGCCCAUUGUCGAGCCAGAGGUUUUAGUCGAUGGUGAUCAUGAUAUUUGUCGCGCUCAAAAGGUUACUGAGACAGUAUUGGCCGCCGUUUACAAGGCAUUGAAUGAUCACCACGUAUUCCUGGAGGGUACUCUGCUAAAGCCGAAUAUGGUUACCCCUGGUCAAAAGUCAAAGAAGAAGGCGAAGCCCGAGGAGAUUGCUAUGGCUACAGUGAAAGCAUUGCGACGAACUAUGCCAGCUGCGGUGCCCGGUGUAACUUUCUUAUCUGGAGGUCAAUCGGAGGAGGUCGCAACUGUGAACCUGAAUGCCAUUAACAAAGUUGAUCUUGUCAAGCCAUGGAAGCUGACCUUCUCAUAUGGACGUGCCUUACAGGCCUCUGUUCUGAAAGCCUGGGGUGGAAAGAAAGAGAAUGUGAAGGCCGCCCAAAAAGAGCUGCUUCAGCGUGCCAAAGCUAAUGGUGAUGCCAGCCUCGGUAAAUAUAAGCCCGGCUCUGUCAAGAGUGCAGCUGGUGGUGAUACUUUGCACGUUGAAAACCGCCAAUAUUGAGAGGAAAGACGUGCUGGAACAAUACAGUUGUAGUUAACAUUUCGGCUUUCAAAACAAAUUCUAAAUUUCUGUUUUGGCGACAAAGUAAAUAAUUUUUAUAAUAAUUUGAAAA